CAUUUCCCACCUGGCCUCUUGACCUCAGGGCCAGGAGUUCUGGGCGGCUCCCAAGCUCUCAUCCCGCCUUCCUGACCUGACUGGUCUCCUGCUUCCUGUGUGGCCUUAGGCAGAGACCUGCCCCUGAAUUUGCUCCAGGUUUCCCUCCUGCACCUCCUGGAGGUAAAGGCUUUCCGGAGCUGGACUGGAAGAACUCGCAGCCACUCAGAGGUUCUGAGGGCCGAAGGGAAGCUGGAGCCCAGUUUUACAGCGUUUGUCUCCUCAGGGUCCACUCCAUCCCCAGAGGCACCACUGUGCUGACCCCUGUGGUCCUGUGGUCGUUUGAGCCUCUAACCUGCACACGUGAGAGCAGAGCUCAGGCCAAGAAACCUGAGUCUCCAUCUCUCCAGCAAAUAUAUGCUUCCUUUGGGAACAGUUAACUGAUGGUGGGGGAGAGAGAGAGAUUUCUAAAACCGAGUGGCCAAUCUAAAGAAAGUGGCUAGCUUGGUUAUAAGUCAUUGUUUGGUGGAUGGGACGGGGUCAGCUCCUGGGGCACUGUGGGAAGCUCUAGAGAAGCUGGUGUAUCUCACAGCGAUUGUUGGAAGGAGCAGCCUGAGAAAGCUUUUGGUCCAGUAUCUCCAGUCCUUAGUCAUUUGUGUGUUCCCUCCAUAGUUUUUACCAUUCUUACACUUUUUAUUUUAAAAUAAUUUUAGACCCAUGGGAAGUUAGAAAAUUACCCUUCACCCAGCUUCCCCCAGUAAUAACAUCUAACAUAACUGUAGUACAUUGUCAAAACCAGGCAAUUGACAUUGAUACAAUACUAUUGACUGCAGGCCUUAUUUGGAUUUCAUUCAUUUUUACCUUCACUUAGUUUUUCAGUGUGUGUACGGUUCUGUGAAAUUUUAUCACAUGUAUAGAGUCAUAUAACCACCACCACAUUUCCAUUUUAAUUUAAUCAUUUCUUUAAAUCAACCCACUUUUUAAAAAUUAAGUAACGUUUCUUUAUCUCAUCCCAAGCAAUAUCCUUGAAAUCAUAGAUUCGAUGUACCAGCUUUUCUAAUACACAUUAGACACGCAAGUAUUUAAAAGUGAAAUUAAAAGCGUUCGUCUGUGAACCGUCUAAAAUCAUCUCACCAUCUCACCAGUGAUAUGCGAGUAGAGAUCUGGUCCAGCCGUGCCAUUUAUAGGCGGGGAAGCUGAGGCCCAGAUAAGGGAAGGGACUUGCUGGUGAGAUGUGCAGCAGAGCUGGGACUUCUCACAGUUCAGUGCUUUUUUAUUGCCCCAUGCCCCCUCUGCCCCCAAAGAGCUAAAGCCCCUCCCUGCUUGUUCUUAGGGCUGAAGGAUCCACCCUAUUGCACCAGCCCAGCUCUAUCGUCUACCUGGUUCAUUUCUGUGCCUUUUGUUCUGCAACCAUGGAAGCUGCUUUCCCAUGGAAUUAAAUGGCUAGACUAUCCCAGGACUAUUUAGAUGUUCAGCUGGUAAAUAUUCUGUCCUACCCUGGAGGGACACAGGUAGCAGUGAUGGCCAUGUCCUCCAGCAGACCUGUGCAUUGGGCACCUACUGUAAUUGUGCCAGGCACUGGGACAGGGGUGAUGCAAUAAUGGACACACAGGGCCUGCAGGAGCAUAUGACAGGAUUUACCUAGUGAGUGUGAUCAGGAAGAUAUGUUUCCACUGAGACCUGAGGACUGAGGAAGAAGUGUUCAAGCUGAGGGAACAGCAUUUGCUAAGGCUCUGAAGGAUGAAUGAGCAUGGUGCAUGAGAAGAACUGAGAGAAGGCUGCUCUGGGAAGCACAAAGAGACCGAGGGGAGAGGGCCCUGAGACUACCUGCUUCUGAGUUAGGGGCACAGUCCCUCCAGCUCUGCCUCUCUCCAGAUGCCUCCCCAGCAAGACCCACACGGCCCCUCCUUCAUGCCUCUGCUCAUGCAGACCGAAGCAGUUGCCAGCUGGGGCAGGGGCUGGGUCCCAAGUUGAAGGCAUGGUUGGUGGGGUGCAAUGGAGAGAUCAGGUCCCAUAAUCGGUAUCCAUAGUGCCCAGGAUGCUGGGCCACUUGAGCCAGGGUCCUGGGUGCCUAUGCAGGUGUUAACCACCUGGACAUCUGCCUUGUGCCUGCAGAACAUGCUGGAGCAACUCCUGAUCUACCAGCCCAAGGACCCCAUCCCGUUCAUGAUUAAUCACUUACAACUAGACAACGAUAACGUGCCGAAGAUUGUAAUAUUAGGUCCACCCGCCUCGGGGAAAACAACUAUAGCAAUGUGGCUUUGCAAACAUCUGAACAGCAAUCUUCUAACCAUGGAGAACUUGAUAGCAAAAGAAUUUUCUUCUCUGGCUGCAGAGGCCAGGAGGCAUUAUCAGACAGUCAAGACAGUGCCCAGCAUGCAGCUUGUCAGACUGAUUCGGGACCGCCUGAGUGAGGAGGACUGCAUCAGGCGGGGCUGGAUCCUGGAUGGCAUCCCUGAAUCUCGGGAGCAGGCUCUGAUGAUCCAGACCCUCGGGAUCACCCCCAGACACGUCAUCGUGCUGAGUGCUCCAGACACAGUCCUGAUUGAGAGAAACUUGGGGAAGAGAGUCGACCCUCAAACUGGAGAGAUUUAUCAUACCACCUUUGACUGGCCCCCUGAGCCUGAAAUCCAGAACCGACUGAUGGUGCCAGGGGGCAUCUCGGAGCUGGAGACAGCAGGGAAACUGCUGGAGUAUCACAGGAACAUCGUCAGGAUCCUCCCCUCGUACUCCAAAAUCCUGAAAGUCAUCAGUGCUGACCAGCCGUGCAUGGAUGUCUUUUACCAGGCUCUGACCUAUGUCCAAACCAACCGUCGAUCUAAUGCCCCGUUCACCCCGAGGGUGCUGCUUUGCGGGCCUGUGGGCAGUGGGAAGAGUCUGCAGGCUGCUCUCCUGGCCCAGAAAUACGGCCUCGUCAACGUCUGCUGUGGGCACCUGCUGAAAGAGGCCGUGGCAGAAAAGUCAAAAUUUGGCGAGAUGAUCCAGCCCUUUUUUGAAAAGGACACGGCAGUCCCUGACAGCAUCGUCGUGAAGGUGCUGAGCCAACGCCUGAGCCAGCAGGACUGCCUGCAGAAAGGGUGGGUGCUGCACGGCUUCCCGAGGGACCUGGACCAGGCGCACUUGCUGCACAGCCUGGGCUGCAAGCCCAACAGGGUGUUCUUCCUGAAUGUGCCAUUCGAUUCUGUCAUUGAGCGGCUGACCCUGAGAAGAACUGAUCCUGUCACGGGAGAAAGGUACCACCUCAUGUACAAGCCACCUCCGACCAUGGAAAUCCAAGCCCGUCUCCUGCAGAGCCCCAAGGAUGCUGAGGAACACAUCAAGCUCAAAAUGGACCUGUUCUACAGGAAUUCCGCGGAGCUGGAGGAGUUCUACUGGCAGGCCCUCACCCUCAACGGGGACCAGGACCCGCACACGGUCUUUGAAUACAUAGAGAGUGGGAUCAUCAAUCCCCUGCCCAGGAAAGUGCCCUGACGGCUUCCAAGCAAGGAGCAGCCCCCAGGGAAACAAGGUUACCCGCCCCCCCGCCCCCACUGCCUUCUGGAGCCUCAGCUAGGCCAAUAAA